UAUAACCAACCACAUUUUCCCCUCAAGCAACCAUAACAAGAGCUAGAGAGAGGAAAAAUCAAAGAAAUUUAAGAAAAUGGAGAAGAUUGAUGAUCAUCUCAAGCCUAGCCACAGUGUUUCCGCUGGUGCUGCGACAGAGAAGUGGGAGGAGGUUAGUACUGGUAUCCGAACCGCCGAGACAAUGCUCCGGUUAGCUCCGGUGGGUCUUUGUGUUGCGGCGCUUGUUAUCAUGCUUAAAGACUCUCAGACUAAUGAGUACGGCGACGUUUCUUACUCCAACCUCACAGCGUUCAGGUACUUGGUGCACGCAAAUGGAAUAUGUGCAGGCUACUCUCUUCUCUCAGCAGCCAUUGCAGCCAUGCCUGGUUCUUCUUCCACUAUGCCUCGUGUUUGGACCUUCUUCUGUCUCGACCAGAUUCUGACCUACGUGGUUCUUGCUGCUGGAGCUGUGUCUACUGAAGUUCUAUACUUAGCCUACAAAGGAGACGAUGCCAUUACGUGGAGCGAUGCGUGCAGUUCAUUUGGCAGUUUCUGCCAUAAAGCCACUGCUUCUGUUAUAAUCACAUUCGUUGUGGUUUGCUUUUAUGUCGUUCUCUCUCUUAUCUCCUCUUAUAAGCUCUUUACUCGCUUUGAUCCUCCAGCCACCGUUGACUCCAACAAAAACGUCGAAGUUGCUGUCUUUGGAAGUUGAUCCGUAGCUUUCUUUAUUUAAGACAUCUCUAAUUUGUCGUGUUUACAAUGUCUCCACUGUCUUUAAUAACUUUGAUCAAGAAUAUAAUGCUUGUAAUCUGAUGUUCAUUUUCGCGUGCUUGCUUUUUCCUAUUUACCAUUC